AAAAUUUGACUCCAAUAGCUCCGAUGGCCAGACAACUCAGGUAUGUCACUGUACAUUAUCUUCAUUGCACUUGACAUUCUACAAAGUAUUAUCCAAGUCAUAUGACUUAAAAGUUUCCAUCGAGAGAGCUAAAUCCGAACUUUAAUGGGCUUGUGAACGCUACAAAAUGCAUUUACGCACGGAGUAAUUCAUACAGGCGCGGAAUUGUUCAUAUAUCCGCUGACUGAUAAAAUAAUCAGUCGCAAUUAGAGAAUACAUCCAGAAACGUAAAUCUAUUUUAUUUGACUGUAUGCUCAGUGAGAUUAAUUUGGAUUUAAAUUAUUCCCAACAACUAAGGCAGAAAGGGGAUUUAGAUGGUUUACUAUAAAAUCGCCAACUUCCAUAUUCCAAUUUUCCAACAAUCUAAUUUUGGCUUUAAAGAUGACAUUUCCAGCUGUUAUUUUUCACUUGUGUGUUGAAGUAGCCAACAUGGGGCUCAUCCUCUGCGAGUAAAUCAGGCAUUCUUUCAAACCCAUAUUUGCUUUAGUAUCCCCGUACCGCAAAGAACAAGCGCAGGACACCAGACAAACAUUUCCUAAGAAAUCUACCAGAUAAGGAUCACCAGAGACUAUGCCUAUGCCUUUGCUGUACCAGACGUAUGACUCGGAGUGGAACAUGAGCUGCGAUUUCCCCUCACACACCUGUAACCGCAGCCUGGGCACACAGCUCACUUUGCCCAUCUUCAGCACCGCGGCAAAAGUUCGUGUCACCAUCACCUUUAUCCUGUGCGCCGUCUCUGGAAUCUGCAACUUCGCGGUGAUCUGCAGUGCCUACGGCGGCCGUCGCAAGUCGCACGUGCGCCUGUUAAUGUUGAACCUGAGCGUGGCAGACCUGCUGGUGACGUUUAUCGUGAUGCCGCUGGAUGCUGCAUGGAAUUUGACGGUGCAGUGGCUGGCGGGAGACUUUGCAUGUCGACUGUUGAUGUUUCUCAAGCUGAUGGCCAUGUAUUCCUGCGCGUUUGUUACCGUGGUGAUAAGUCUGGACAGGCAGUCUGCCAUACUGAAUCCCUUAGCCAUCAACAAAGCCAGGAGGAGGAACACAAUCCAGCUGACGGUGGCAUGGACAUUAAGUGCUGUUCUAUCACUGCCUCAGGCUUUCCUCUUUCAUCAGGUGACCAUCACAUCCCCGGCGCACUUCACGCAGUGCAUGACGCACGGCAGCUUCCAGCAGCAAUGGCAGGAGACGCUCUACAACAUGUUCACGUUCUGCUUCCUCUUCCUGCUGCCGCUGCUCAUCAUGGUCAGCUGCUACACACGCAUCCUACUGGAGAUCUCCCGCGGCAUGCUGGGAGACAGUUCAUCAGCCAAUGAGAUCCGCUUGCGUCGUUCCAACAACAACAUCAUCCCCAAGGCUCGCAUGCGCACGCUGAAGAUGAGCAUCGUCAUCGUCAGCUCCUUCAUCGUGUGCUGGACGCCCUACUACCUGCUGGGCCUGUGGUACUGGUUCAGCCCGGAGGGCCUGGUGGAGGCCGUGUCGGACUCGCUGACCCACCUCCUCUUCUUGUUCGGCCUGCUCAACGCCUGCCUAGACCCGCUCAUCUACGGCCUCUUCUCGCUGCCGCUGCGCCGGAGCAGGCCCGCCGUCACCGUGGAGAUGGAGAGUACCACCCACGUCACGACGCUCAGCUGCAGGCAGCUGACAGACCGAGACGCGAGUCGAACGCAGGAGCAAAGGAAGGAAGGAGAGAGAGGAGAGCAGAGCCUGCUGUGCAACUCUGAUGAAUUGUUGUGAGACUGUCGCACACAAAUGAACGCACACACAGACAUGCACACAUGCAAAGACUCAAACGUAUGAGCCUACAUUUGAAUUAGCCUGGUAAUACCAGACCCUUUCACUUUGUGAAGAGAGUCUGGGCUGUCAUAAUUGGGAAAUGUUUCCAACUCUAAUAUCAUAACGGCCGUAAACUUUGUGUUAACUUUGAAAUCAUUUUGAUCAAAUCAAAUUGAUCAGGUAUUCCUAACAUUAUUUCUGACUUCACCCAACCUUUACAAACUGUUAUCACCCAGAGAGAAGAACUUCUCUUCUCUGAUUGGCUGGUGGGGUGACUAUUAGUUCUGAAUAAUGGGACACCUAUGAAUGAAAAAAAAAGAAUUGGCCAUAGUAACCAUUCAUUUACCAUUCAUACCCUGUAAGGCCAAAAAGAUGAAAUCAAAGUAGCCUCCUUGUGUGGCCAUGCAGCAGCUGUCAAUCACACAUAAUGGCUCCUCAACUUCGUGGCAGUAAUGAAAUGCAGGUAAUGUGUGUGUGGGACCGGGGGGGGGGCUUGGCACAUUUAUGUGUUCUCCUACAGAUCAAUGACUGUCUUUCUCAUGGAUAUAGGGUUCACAGUAGGCGAAGAUCCUCCCACACAAAAAUCCAUAUUGUUUACCCAAUGUAUUUACCCAGUAUGGUAUAUAUGCUGUGUGAAUAUUUAAAAUCUUCAUGUUCAAUGCACCAAAAAAUAUGUGCUGUGUGCAAGAAAAAGCAUGAUAUAUUUCAGUCCUGUGAUGGUGGAUGUGUUGUUUUGAUUUGUCAUCUUCAUGAUUCUAUCACACACCACUGUCUUCCAUCAUCAGUCUACUGUGCAUUUCUGCUCCAAGUGUCACACAGUAACAGACACCUUCCCCCACACAGAAAAUAUUCCCCCUCACAUAAGUAUUUCUACUUUCUGUUCUGUGAAGGGUUCUAUGUAAGCGGACUGUACAUCUCUUACUUUCUCUGUGGUUUUAAUCAUUCUUCUCACAUAAGUUUAUAUUUCAUCUACUCUUAAUAUUUCUCUCUUUGGUCUUGUGUUGUUAGGAACACUGUAAUUAAUCUGUUUCUUCAUCCUGAGGGUGUGUAAGUGUGUGUGUGUGUGUGUGUGUGAGAGUGUUAAGGGAUGGGGGCAUCAUUAAACUCAGAAAUAUCCAUAUAUCUAAUCACUAACUUUCACUCUGUGUGUUUGUUUAGUGUGGGGUGGGAGGGGGUAUUUUCCUGAGGACCAUGGCAAAUGUGUUCAAAUGACUCAAGUCUUCUAGGGUAAGAGCUCUUUUAUGAAAACACAAAUUCUCCCAUUUGUUUUGUUUAGUUAAUCUAUUCAAAGAGGAGAGUGUGGCAUUUCAAUGUUUGUAUUUCAAAUGUAACU